UGUGUCAAGACCAACAACACAAAGAAAUGCUUAGAGGAGGCCAUCAGGCAAAAGAAGCUGCCCUCUGAGAAAGCACUGAAGUUUAAGCCAGGUGUUUCAAAGACCAGAUCUGAGGAUUCGAUGCAGCGAGCUGUGACAACAGGGGACUGCAGCCUGCAAGAGGGUAAAAAGAAAAUGCAAGACCACCAUGCUGCAUCGGGAUCUCUGAAAGAACGUGAGGAAGACGGUUUCCAAAGGCAGGUGAAGAAAGUACGCGUCCUUGAUGAAAUCAGUGGACAGAGAUCUAUGGACACUGAAGGGAAGGUGGACAUGAAUGGAUGUGAGCUGGUGGGAAAGCAGCAGCUGUUGGCAGCAAAGGAGGAGGCAAAAUUGGCUGAAGAGGAGACAAGAUGGUACAAGAUAAGACUUGAAGAAUGUCACGGGCAAAUGCGGGAAGCAGAGAUCAUUUGGAGACACCAGGUCACUCUUGCCGAGAAGAAGGCCCAAGACAGCUCGCUCAGGGCUCAGGAGCUGGAGAGGGAAAUCUCUGAAUUGAGAAGGGAAAACUCUGACCUGAGAAGGGAAAACUCUGACCUGAGAAGGGAAAAAUCCUCUGAGCUGAGAAGGGAAGUUGCCCACCUGAAACAGAGAUUGGAUGCAAUCUGCAGAUGGAGGCAGGCAGAGGAAUACAUGAGGCAGGAGCCCACCCCAGGAGGACCGUACAGGCUGCAACCUCCCCUGAGAGCUUCACAGAGGGAUGGCAACCCUGUUAGGAAUGGAACCGCCUUUCAGGCUUAGGAGGCAGAG